AUGCUGCUCCGGCGCAGAAAGUUGAGCGCGAGCACGAGCAGCGCAACGCUAGCUCUGAAAGGAUGGUCAUUGCGGCAAGACGAUGAGAAAAAGCAAGAGCAGCAGCCCCAGCGGCGUCUCUCUCGCGCACUCGACCAGUUCUGGGCGCGUGUGCGGCACCUCCUCGCCUAUGUAGAGGUGCAGCGGCAUGUGUUGUUUGCAAGCGCAUUUGCUGCACACGGCAGCUGGAUUUCGCGGCACCAGACGCGGACGCUGCUCCUGUGCAACCUGGUCAUUGCGUGUCUAUUUUACCCCGCAGUCGUCAUGUACCUGCUUACGACCUCGGAAGAUGCGGCCGCCGCGCCCAUGACCCUCGCAUGCAUGGAGCGGCACCGUGUUGAGCCCGGGGUGGUGCCUGCUUGUGUGAGCGGCGCACAUGCGCCGAACAACAUAUGGGACGCGGCGCGCUCGUCGCUCACCGACAUGCUUGGCCUCGGCGGCAUCCACCGCGGCGACCAAGACUACCCCGUGCGCGACCUGCGCUUUCUGUGGGACGAGACACCGAGUUUGGAAGUGGUGGCGCCGCCCAAGAAACUCGAGCAUGUGCCGUACGUGGUCAUGGAACAAGUGUUGAUCACCACCGACGCCGUGCGCAGCGGCCGCGGCUCUCCUUAUGGCAUGUUGGAGCCACACGCACUGCUUACCGCUCAAGGAAUCCAGACUGCGCUGGACCGCAUGCUCGGCGAGCCUGCAGAGAAUGCGUGUGGCCUCACAUGCGUGCGCGAGCACGACAGCUGCCUCGUCCUGUCGCCUUUGGACUACUGGCACAGCGAUGCCGACAAAGUCAGCGACGACUGCCACCCCGCCAAGUCAUACACGGGCAGCCCCAUCCGCGCGGUGGUGACGCCGCCGGUCGCGUCACAAGCGGUGAAUACCACAAUCCCACUGCUCUACUCGACCACGCUUGCGAGUCGCUGGCCCUUUGUCCCGAUCUUUUCGCGCGCCGAGUACCUCGUCCUGACCUACUUUUUGACUCCUUCUUCCCGCGACGAUGUGGGCGGAUGCUGGCAGCGCCUCGUGAAGCGCGCGGCGGCGAGUGUGUACAGCGCCGAGGUCACGGCGCCCACGCAUGUUGCGCCCGGCACGACGUUUUUGGAGAGCCGUCCCCAAUCGCAGACAAAGCGUCCCACGCUCAACUAUGGCGUGGUCGCUGUGGGCUACAUUAUGCUCCUCCUCUUCAUCUUCCGCGGCUUGGUCCAGAUGCGCCGCCUGCACUCGCGCUUCGGUAUUGCGUUUACCGGCUCGGUCCAGCUCGUGCUCGAUUUGGUCAUGAGUCUGAGCGUGUGUGCACUGCUCGGGAUACGGCUGACGGCAGUGCCAUGGUCGAUCCUGCCCUUUAUCAUUGUGGUCGUCGGCUCCGAGUCGAUGCUGUAUAUGAUCCGCACCGUCACCAACACACCGCUCUCCCUCACCGUCCAUGCGCGCAUUGCGUAUGGAUUGUCGCAAGUGGCGGGGCCCAUCACGCUCACCGCGCUCUCUGAUAUCGUGCUGCUUGUGCUGCUUGCCUCGUUUGUGCGCAUUCCCUCCGUGUCGCAGUUUUGCUUGUUCGCAAUAUGCACGCUUGUCGUCGACUACUUUAUGCAAAUGACCUUUUUUGCCACCGUGCUCAGCAUCGACAUGCAGCGCCUCGAGCUUGCCGAGGUGCUUCUCCAAGGCACCGCCGGCACACAAACCAGUACAGACGCACCCACGGCACAGCCAGCGCUCCCACACGACUACCGUCCACGCUCCGCCGCAUCCAUCCUUAUGGCAGGCGCGCGCAUGGUAUGGCACACAAGAGCCGCGCGCUCUUUGCGCUUUUCCUUGGUCGCCACCGCCGUGCUCUCCACCGUCUUUUUCUUCACCUCCGACCAGGCGGUGCGGUACGUGCAGAAAAUGUGCGCGCAGUGGCUGGGGCAUGCCCAGGACGUGCCUGUGUUAGAAUCGAUGGCCGACAGCGCGUACAGCGCAUUCUGGACCGCAGUCAAUCCCACGCACGAGCCUGUAGUCGGCGUGCGUGUGAUGCCGUGGACGCUAGUCUCGCUCGCACGCGACGGCGCGCCGAGGGACUUGGCACAUACUCCCCCCGGCCCGUGGCUCGAGGGCCUCUUUUACCACCGGCGCGGCGCCACCGUUUUCCUCGUCUUUUUGUCUGUCGUGGGACCGAUUGCUGGCACGAUGCUCAUCAUGUCGGUUGUGCUGCGCUAUUUGCGCAAGGAUGCAGACUUGCUGGAGUCCCAGGACGAGGCGUCGCACGCCGGCGACGCCGGCCUCGCCCAGCUUUUGCAGAACGUGCCGAAGCGCACGGAUUUCAAGCCGUUGGCGUCUUUGGACGUGCAUAUAGGCGCGCGCGUCGAAGCGCUGCAUCCCGCGCCGCUGCACACCGUCGUUUCCACUGCGCACGCCACCUUCACGCUUGACCUGUGCAACACGAUUUGCAUCGAGCGCGCCGACGCGCCAGUGUCGCUUGUGUCCUACGCAACGCUGCGCAUGGAUGCGGGCCUUGCGCCGGACGGAGCGCGCAUCGCUGCCAUGGAUGCGCAGCUGGGCGCGGAUGGAAACGGAGUCGUUGUUUUUGGGCAAGUCUCGGGGCGUGUUGCGGCGUUUGCUUUGCCGACGUGGACGUGCUUGCUGGACACGGUGCUCGGUCCCGAUGCGCUUGCGCCUGUGCAGUAUGUAUCGCUGCGCAAUGUACCGAACGAGCUCGUGACCUUCCACCGCGACGGGCGCCUCUUGGCGUGGCACGGAGCGGCGCUGGCCAAGGCUGACGAGGCACUCUGGACGUCGACACCGCGCCAAGACUCGUACGCCCAGCUCCUUGCGCGCCUUCCGCAAGGCGUAUGGACCGGCAUCGAUGUGGCGCAUGCGAAUGUGCGCGGCACAUGGCUCGGCGCCGUCUCGACCAAAGGCCACCUCGCUUUGUUCCGCCUCGGCGCUUCGGAAGAAGCGCGGCGUCCCAAGGCGGCAGAGCCCGUGGCGAGUGCUGAGCGCCUCUUCCAGGUGAAUGCGCCCGCGCUGUGCCGCUGCGCGGCGUUGUUUGCCGAGCACGACGCGGAAGAGAGCAGCAUUACACCCCCGAGGCCCCACUCGCCUAUGCCGCGGCGCGCAUUGCCAUGGCUCGUCGCGGGAGACCAGCAGGGCUGUGUGCAUUUGUGGACGCAAGGCUCCGGCGCGCCCACGGCAUCGCUUGCGCUACGUACCCCCAAGCCAGACGGCGCGGUAAAACGUGUACAGCGCUUGUCGGGCAGCGCGCCCUUGCAGGUGCUUUUUGCGGCCACCUCGAAUCGCGUCUGGUUUCUCGGCGCACACACGGAGCAGGACGCAGGAAAGGGCAACGGGGCGCGGCUGGUGCUGCUGGGCAGUGUAGACAACGCGCGUGGAACGGCGGAUAUGGUGCCUUGUGCGCUGGAAAAAGAGCCCGACUGGGUCCUGGGCGUGCGUCGUGCAAUGUAUGCAGGCGCAGCUCGGUGGGAGGUGUGGCGGAUGCGUGUGCCACAUUUUUCUUCCGUGAGCCUCGCGCCGAGUGCGCGCGACGGAGGAGCACUGCAUGUCGAGCGCGUUGCACUCCCGCUCGAGCAGCUGAUUUCUCGGGGUGUGCUGCAGCGUCUGGAGAAUGCACUUGUUGCGCCGCCGAGCCGUUUGCCACUGUUGGCGACGCGCAUGGACGCAAUGAUCUUGUUGGAGAAUGCAGGGGGCACAUGUCGCUGGGCGCUGCCGUUUGGGUCUAUUUUAGUUACGUUGGAUGCUACGUAUAGUCGGUAG